GAUCCACUUUUCCCUUUCAGCUCUCGGCGGUAAAUUGAUAUUCGUCUCUUUGAAAUACUACUCAAAGUUGACUUCAUUUUCAUAAUAACACGACAUCGCAUGGAAUUGAAUUUAUUGACUUUCAAGGGGGAAGUUUAUCUUCAAAAGAGCGGCCGAAAAUUUAUCGGCGAAGAACUCAUUAUUAAUCAACAUCCAGCAGCUGUCAUGUGAAAUUAUCGUUCGUUUGGGAAAAUUUGACAUUCUGAUUUAAAAUCUCGAAGCUUCGAAAUGAACUCAAGAAUUCUUUAUAUUCUUAUAUUUGUAACAUUUACGUGUCAUUUUAACCAAGGGAAAAUGGAAAAGAUUUCACUUCGCAUGCCGGGUGUUAGUCCUCGAAGAAAUGAUAGCUACAUUUGUACAUCACUGGAGCUAUCUGAAGAUCCCGUUUACAUUGUGAAAUUUGAGCCAAAUGCUCAUAAAGAAAGGGCCCAUCACAUGCUGUUGUUUGGAUGUGAAGAACCAGGAAGUGAUGAGAAAUUUUGGAACUGUGGAGAUAUGGGAUCUGGAACAUGUUCUGGCUCAGAAUCCAUUCUAUUUGGAUGGGCACGUGAUGCUCCUGCAUUGAAACUACCCAAAGAUGUUGGAUUUAAAAUUGGUGGUAAUACCAAAAUUCAAUAUCUCACGCUUCAAAUACAUUAUGUUCAUGCUCUCAAAGAAAGUGUUUUUGACAGUUCUGGAUUAACGAUGAAAAUAACCAAAGCUCCCCAAUUAAACCUUGCAUCAAUAUAUCUCCUGGUAGCUGGAUAUGCAUCAAUACCUCCACACACUAAAGGUUAUCAUGUCGAUGUUGCCUGUAAAUAUGACAGUGAUCAAGAUAUACAUGCAUUUGCUUUUCGCACUCACGCUCAUGACUUAAGCCGUGUGAUUACUGGAUAUAGAGUGAGAAACAACAUGUGGACGAUGUUGGGUAAAGGGGACCCCCAUGCCCCACAGGCUUUCUAUCCAAUGGACAAUGUUACAACAAUAAGGAAAGGAGAUAUUUUGGCGGCAAGAUGUACAUACGAUACUUUACACAGUGGAAGAAGAAAGGCGACAGGAAUGGGGUCAACGGCGGCCGACGAGAUGUGCAACUUCUACAUGAUGUUUUAUCGCAGUGCGAAUACUAAUGUCGAAAUUCCAGAAACAUGCUUUGAUCAGAUCACCUACCGAAGCCUUUACGAUUCUUUUCCGAAUGGUUCCGAUGUUGCCCUGUCUUCUGGUUCCCAUCAUCACCACCAUCAUCACGUCAAUUCAAACGAACGGCGUAAUGAAAUCAUCACAGAGUCCAACAUCACCGUAGGUAGUACGUCAAUGCCCGAGCAGACAUCGAAUAUUUCCGACUACACGUUAAAGGACACUAGUAUUGAACACAACAUGUCUGACAUUGUCCACCAUCGCUUAACAAGUUCAACUCAAUCAUUGAGCCGUGAAACAAGCACUAACACCCCUAAGCCAACGAUGAACAGUCAAUGGACAUCGAUUCCUAAUGUAACCAUGGUGACCUCGUGGCCGUCGUCCGUUACUGAGGGUUUGGGGCAAGUCACGGGACUUGCAGUGGAUUCAUCAGAUUAUCUGUUCCUCUUUCAUCGUUGUGAACGAGUUUGGGAUUGGAAUACAUUCUCUCGAGACAACGUUUUUCAAAAUGCUCAAUCACGUGGUCCUAUCCGUAGUCCCACAAUUCUCAUAUUGGAUAGUGUCAGCGGUAAGGUUUUGGAGAAACAUGGUAGCAAUAUGUUUUACCUCCCCCACGGUAUGACAAUUGACCAUCAAGAUAAUCUCUGGCUUACCGACGUUGGUCGGCACCAGGUGCUCAAGUUUCCUCGCGGUGAAUAUAAAAAACCCUCGCUGGUUUUAGGAGAAAAACUAUUCCCAGGCUCCGGUCAUGAGCAUUUCUGUAAACCUACCGACGUCGCUGUGGAAAUAUCUGGAGUAUUUUAUGUUGCGGACGGAUAUUGUAAUUCGAGAAUUAUGAAGUUUUCGUCGCAAGGUCGACUCAUGAAAGUUUGGGGAAAAUCUUCAAUUCAGUUUGGACGAGUUCCCAGUUCCUUCAACAUACCCCAUAGUCUGGCUCUGGACCAUAAACGAUCCAUGUUGUACGUCGCGGACCGAGAAAAUGGCCGUGUUCAAUGUUUUGAUACGUAUGGAAAAUUUCACAAGGAAAUUUCUUCACCAAAAUUCGGAGGCCUGGUGUUCGCCGUUGAUUUCAACGAGAAAGAUGGUCUUUUAUAUGCAGUUAAUAGCGGAGUUGAUGUUAAAGUGCAAGGAUUCUCAAUCGACCCAGAGAGUGGAAAGAUUUUUGCAACAUGGAGCCCUCCUUCCACUAAGGGAUUUUCACAGCCACAUGAUUUGGUCUCAAAUGGCUCCAAUAUUUUGUCGCUGAGAUCGGCCCUAAUAAGGUGUGGAAAUUCCGAAAUUCGAUCGCAGCUUCGGAAGACGAGAAUUUCGCGCGCCAAGUUGAUGCCGAUAUUGUUAAUGCGACUUUUCCGCAAGGUUUCGACAACGUCACUACGGUAAAUCCCGACGGUUUUCGACAGCUGGACGACUCCAGCAAUGCAUUGAUGAUUCUCGUACCCCUAAGCAUAACAAUUUGUGUGAUUUUUGCAGCAGCAUGUGUAGUGUGUAGAGUUCUUAGAUCUAGGAGUAAGCCCAAGUAUGACAUUAUGGAUAUAUCACUGGGAAACUACAGGACGUCUGAGGAUUGGUGUAGCACAGUGAGCUGUUGUAAUAGAUCCCAUCAGAAUAUAGAGGAACUUUAUUUGAUGGAUAGCGAUAGUGAUGUAGAGUUAUACCCCGAUGUUCGUGUGGGUAAAAAGUGAACUUCUUGUGAAAAUGUACAAAAUUUUCCAAAUAUAUAUAAAUAGUAAUGUGUUUUACCACUGGUUUUAUCAAGUUAUGGAUAAAUGAUGGAUAACAGAGGAUGAGGUUUUGUUACCAUAGUUACGUACAGGAAGAAUGUCCACGAACGAACGAAACAAAGAUAUCACAUUUGAAAGGACUAAGCUCAUUUAGUUUUGCAUUCAUUUAAAUCCAAAUAAAACAAUAAAUAAUCCGAAAUGUCAUCAGAUUGGACUCCUGCUUUUACUGGAGAACGUAUUGCGCGACAGAAAGUGAAACGGACGCAGACAAGUUCAUCUAUUUUAACCGAAAAAUCUUUCUCAAACCGAGAAGCUGGCCCUGACAAAAAAUUGAAGGAUUUCUCUCCACACGAACACUCGACGACGUUAGACGCUUUGAAUGUGCUUUCUGAGGAAGAGCUGGACGACUUUUUGAAGCAAUCUUUGGCUUUAAAUAAAAAGUUGAAAGAGCAUUUAAGAGAUGAAAAUAUGAAUGAGCAAGGACAGAUGACUUACAUGGCUAAGAAUACCUUAGUUUUACCUCCAAUCGUCCACAAAACGAGCAGUUUAAAGAAUAAUUUGACGAAGAAUAGAUAGUUGAAGCCAUCAUUGGGCAGGUGGAGAAGUUUUUAAGUGUCAAUUACAUUUAUUAAAGACAACAUGUUUGAUAUAGUACAAAACAAAACAUUAAUUCAUUGAUAAUACAAUUCUUGAAAUGCAAGAUUUGAUGGAAACCAUGAAACAACUACUCUAAGUUCUCUCUACUAGUCAGUAUUUGUUGCACAUGGAUACUUAUGGUGAACUGAGUACAUGGUGUACAUGGAUGGAUUGAGAUGAGAAAAGAACUUCAAUGUUGCAAUAAUGUAUGCCAAAAUUGUUAAGCUAAUUUUUUUAAAAAAAUGUUCUGUUUGAUAAAUAGUUCUUUGUUAAUCUGAAUCAUUGUCGUCAUCACCAUAGUCAUCAUUUGUAUCAACAGCUAAAAAAUAAAGAAUAAGAAAAAAUA